AUGGAACAAACAAAGAGCGCAGUCGUCAACGGCUUUGCAGCAACUUUCUCCUCAACAAUGUCCGACUCUGCUUCAGGUUCUGUCGACAAGUCCGUCCAAGUCAAGCUUGUUCUUCUGGGCGAGGCUGCUGUCGGAAAAUCAUCCGUUGUUCUUCGAUUUGUUUCCAACGAGUUUCAGCCAAACAAAGAACCCACCAUCGGAGCCGCGUUCCUGACGCAAAAGUGCCGCUUGGAAGAUCGCAUCCUGCGAUAUGAAAUUUGGGACACUGCUGGGCAAGAGCGUUUUCAUUCAUUGGCUCCCAUGUAUUACCGCAAUGCUCAAGCUGCAGUUGUCGUAUACGAUGUUACCAAGGCGAGCAGUCUGGAAAAGGCAAAGUCAUGGGUAAAGGAGUUGCAACGGCAGGCCAACCCCAACAUUGUAAUUGCGCUGGCUGGCAAUAAAGUAGACCUUGUCCAAUCCUCGGCUUCGUCCUCUGGAACAUCUCCUUCGCUGGAUUCAGAGGACGAAGCAGACGAUGCUACCGCAACGCCAGGAGAGACCCCCGGAUCGUCCGGAGACCCCGAAAGUCUGCGUCAAGUGCCUAGAGAGGAGGCUCAGGCGUAUGCAUCUGAGGCUGGCUUGUUGUUCUUCGAGACUAGCGCUAAGACAGGAGAAGGCAUUGUUGACAUCUUCACUGAGAUUGCCAAGAAGAUUCCCAUCGAGCACAUUCUAGCUGCAACCAGAGGCAGUUCGGGGCGCCCAGGAGCGAGUGGUAACCGCACAGAGGGUACACGGCAACAGGGUGUGAACCUCGAUGACAAUGCACCAAAGCCCAAAGAUGCCUGCAAUUGUUGA